CGCUCUUUUUGUUGUUGCGGCUGAGAACGCGUGCUGCGCAUUUUCCCAGGGUUUCCUGAUCGCCGACCGCCAUGAGUCAGAAAGCCCAGAAAAUGGCGCAGUUCCAUGAACUGGAGCUGGAUCAGCGCAUCCUAAAGGCGGUGGCCCACCUGGGUUGGCAGCAGCCCACGCUCAUCCAAUCCACGGCGAUUCCGCUGCUUCUGGAAGGUAAGGAUGUGGUGGUACGUGCGCGUACCGGAUCCGGAAAGACGGCCACAUACGCGCUGCCAUUGAUCCAGAAGAUCCUUAACUCCAAACUAAAUGCCAGUGAGCAGUGCGUCAGCGCCGUGGUCCUGGCACCCACUAAGGAGCUUUGCCGCCAGUCGCGGACGGUGAUCGAGCAGCUGGUCGAGUCCUGCGGCAAAGUCGUUCGCGUGGCGGACAUUGCUGGCAGUUCCAGCGACGCAGUGACCCAGCGGCACGCCUUGGCCGAAAGACCCGACAUCGUGGUGGCCACACCGGCCAAGUUGCUAGCGCACGCUGAGGCCGGAGGAGUGGUGGAUCUGAAGCAUGUGGAGACCCUUGUGGUGGACGAGGCGGAUCUGGUGUUUGCCUUCGGCUACGAGAAAGAUUUUAAGCGAUUGAUCAAGCACCUGCCUCCGAUCUACCAGGCUAUCUUGGUCUCCGCCACUCUUACCGACGAUGUAGUGCGGAUGAAGGGUCUGUGCCUGAGCAACCCGGUGACGCUUAAGCUCGAGGAGCCAGAACUGGUGCCUCAGGAUCAGUUGACGCACCAGCGCAUCCUGGCUGAGGAGAACGACAAGCCGGCUAUUUUGUAUGCUUUGCUUAAGCUAAGGCUCAUACGAGGGAAGACCAUUAUCUUCGUGAACAGCAUCGAUCGCUGCUACAAGAUUCGCCUGUUUCUAGAGCAAUUCGGCAUCCGUGCCUGCGUUUUGAACUCUGAGCUGCCGGCCAACAUUCGCAUCCACACAAUCAGUCAGUUCAACAAGGGCACCUACGACAUCAUUAUAGCCUCCGAUGAACAUCAUCUGGAGCAGCCUGGGGGAAAGUCCUCGGCCAGCCGCAAAUCCUCGCGCACUGGCGACAUAGAGUCGAGUGCCUCCCGCGGUAUUGAUUUCCACUGCGUGAACAACGUGAUCAACUUUGACUUUCCCAGGGAUGUAACGUCUUACAUCCAUCGGGCUGGCAGGACGGCCAGAGGGAACAACAAGGGCUCCGUCCUAUCCUUUGUGAGCAUGAAGGAGGCCAAGGUCAACGCCGCCGUAGAGAAGAAACUGUGCGACAGCUUCGCAGCCCUGGAAGGCGAGCAGAUCAUCAAGAAUUACCAGUUCAAGAUGGAUGAGGUAGAAUCCUUCCGUUAUCGUGCUCAGGAUUGCUGGAGAGCCGCGACGCGAGUCGCAGUCCACGAUACUCGCAUACGGGAGAUAAAAACGGAGAUCCUAAACUGCGAGAAGCUAAAGGGAUUCUUUGAAGAGAACAAGCGUGAUCUGCAAGCACUGCGGCACGACAAGCCAUUGCGCGCCAUCAAGGUUCAGAGUCACCUGUCCGACAUGCCCGAGUACAUUGUGCCAAAGGCUCUGAAGCGAGUUGUUGGUUCUACUGCAUCAACUGCCGGAGCUUCGGAGGCCAAACAGCCACGACAGUCGGCUGCAAAGGCUGCUUUCGAGCGACAGAGCAAUGAUCCGCUGAUGGUUAGCCAAGUGGGCUUCCGCAAAAAUCGUCCUGCCCCCCGGCGGAAAAAGAAGGCGUUGUAAGGAAGCAAAUGCCUCUGGGGGAUCGGUAUCCAUAAUCGCUAUAGUCCGUAAGCAAAAAUUGAUUUCGUUUGUAUGAUUUAAGAAAAACAUAAAAAUAGCUUUAUACAAGAUGUGAACAAUUUUA